AUGAAUAAUAUUUCUAAUCUUAUUGGGUAACGAACUAAUUCAUAAUAAUCAAAAUAAACAUCGUCUUCUAUUCAUAACCAAGAAAAUCCAUAAAUUCAAAUCUAUGAUCAAUUGAAAAUUUCUUUGAGAAAUGACUGUUAAAAACAAAUCAAAAAAAAUUAUACUCGAUACUAAAUUUUUGAAUAUAAAACUUAAAAAGAACUAGAAUUUUUGAUUUAGUUUAUUCAACAAACAUGUAUUCAUAAUCCUUCAUGUAUUCAUGAAUAAUUAUUUGAUAAAAAUUCACAUAAUAAAAAAUUUAGAUAAUUGUGUGAUUUUCGAAAUGAUUGGACUAAACUGAUUUUGAAGGCAGAAAAACAAUUUGAGAAAGCUCUAAUCAAUAAAUAAAUUGCUCUUAAUUAUUAAACUAAUGAGGACUCUUUUAAAAUUAUAAUUCUAGAAGCAAUUAAUAAUAAAGAAAACUCUCUAAAAAUGUUAAUCGAAAAAUCUAAAUAAGAAAAAUAGUUUUGUGAAUAUGCUAAGAGAUAGGCCAUAAAAUUAUAACAGAAGCUUGAUUACUCGGAAUCUUUAUUAUGCCAAUUUGAAGAUGUAUAAAACCGCAAGAGAUAUAUUCAGCCUCCAUCAAUUUGGUCAUUUAUGAAUUGUUCAUGUAAUACUACUAUAAUUUGA